AUGGAAGACUGCUUCAUUUUCGAAAAUGGCGGCUCCGGCACUAUCAAACAAUCCCUUGACGCAAUCGCGUAUGGUGGAAUCAUCGCUGUUAUUGGAUUUCUGUCUGUCACCUCUCGAGAGGAGAUGCUUGAUGUUGGCAUUCUUGCAUUGAGCAAGGGGGCUAACGUUCGCGGCGUCAUAAUCGGCUCCAAUGAAAUACUGGAAGACGUGGUUCGCUUCAUUAGCAGCCACAAUCUGGCACUCCCCGUCGAGCGAACUUCCAAAUUCACUCGUGAUGGGGUAAUUGAUGCUUUUGAUGACAUGGCCAGCGGUCAGCAUAUUGGAAAAGUCUGCAUCAACUUUUAG